ACCAGCCAGGAUCUCACAGCAGACAAGCGCUUCCUCUGCCCUGGUUGCCAGCAGAGUCUGUGGCAAAGCCAAGACCACAGUGUUGAAUACAGAAACCCAGGAUAAGUUGGUCCUUCGCACUCCCCCCUCAGUGGGGACAGCCACCCCUCCACAGACAGAACAUUGGCUCCUCAGCAGCACCAGUGAGAGACCUGCACAUUGAAGAAGAGUUAAAGAGUCCCUGCUGAGCCCAUCCUGUUUGUGGGACUGAGCAGCGGCACCGUGUCCAAGAUCCAGAUCCCACAAAUCACACAGAGCAUCUGCACUGAUGGCAGAGCUGGAUCUGCCCCUGGGGCACCCACCAGAACCAGCAGCAGCUCUGCAAGGGCAGGAUCAGCCCCUGACAUCUUCCCAACUCCCUCCCCCUCUGCGGAGUCCCGGCCAAACACCGCUCAGCCUUUCAUCUGCAGGAAGCCUGCUUUCCCUGGCAGCAGCAUUUCCCAGAGAGCCCGGACCCCCAGGCACAGCUACACCUCAGGCUGCUGCAGGAGCUCGGUGUUCCUUGGGGAACCCCCUUGACAGCACACCAGGACACCUGGGAGGGACAACUGGACCGUGGGUGUCUCAUCCUUAGAAUCCAUCCCCUACUCCAGGAGGCUUUAAAGGAACAUCCCCACUGCCAGAACACCACACCAUGAACGGGUACUUGAACGAAUCCAAUUUCCUGAUGGUGGAGGAGGGCUUCACCACCAGAGACCUCCUGGAGAACCUCCUGGGGGAGCUGUGCCAAGAGAGCCACCAGCAGGCCUUCUUCGUGGCAGACCUCGGGGACAUUGUGAAGAAGCACCUGUGUUUCCUGAAGGCCCUGCCCAGGGUGAAGCCCUAUUUCCCAGUGAAAUGCAACGGCAGCGAGGGGGUGAUCCGGCUGCUGGCAGAGCUGGGGGCAGGGUUUGCCUGUGCCAACAAGGCAGAGAUCACCCAGGUCCAAGGCAUUGGGGUGCCACCAGACAGGAUCUUCUACAGCAGCCCCUGCAAACAGGUCGCCCACCUCAGGUAUGCAGCCACCCACGGGGUCAGGCUGAUGGCCUUUGACAACGAGGUGGAGCUGAACAAGGUGGCCAGGAGCCACCCCCGUGCCAGGAUGUUGUUGGGAAUCACUGCUGACUCCAUCCCUGCUGCCCACCCGAGCAUGAGCUUUGGGACCACGCUGAAAUCCUGCCAGGACCUGCUGCAGGCAGCGAAGGACCAGGCUGUGGAGGUGGCUGGCAUCAGCUUCCACCUCGGGAGCCGUGGGCUGGAGCCCCAGGCCUGGGCCCAGGCUGUGGCCACAGCACAGCUGGUGUUUGACAUGGGCACGGAGCUGGGACACCACAUGAACCUCCUGGACAUUGGUGGGGGCUUCCCUGCCACUGAGGACACCAGAGCUCCACUGGAAGAGAUCGCUGCUGGGAUAAACUCUGCCUUGGAUUUGUACUUCCCUGAGGGCAGUGGGGUGGACAUUAUUGCCAGGCCUGGGCGUUACUAUGUCACCUCUGCCUUCACCUUGGCUGUCUGCAUCACUGCCUUGGAGGAGAUCCCUGUGGAGCAGCCUGGCUCUGAUGAGGAAGAGGGUGGCAGCAAGAAGAGCCUGGUCUAUCACCUCAGUGAUGGCAUCUACGGUGCCUUCAGCUGCCUCCUGUUCGACAGCCCCUGCCCCAGGCCUCGGCUGCACAAGAGGCCGUGCCCAGAGCAGCCCUGGCACAGCAGCAGCCUGCGGGGCCCGCCGGGGCACGGCGAGGAUCGCAUCGCCGACGGGCUGGAGCUGCCCCAGCUGCACGUGGGGGACUGGCUGCUCUUUGGGGACAUGGGGGCCUACACCAUGCCAGCAUCAGCCCUGCUCACAGCUGGUGACCAGGCACGGGUCACCUACGCCAUGUCCCGCAUGGCCUGGAAAGCCAUCCAGCUCUUCCAGGGAAAGCCACCUCAGACAGAAGAUGAGCGUGAGAGCCUCUGCACUCCCCUGUCCUGUGGCUGGGAGAUGGCAGAGACACUUUGUGUCACCCCUGUCUUCGCUCCAGCUGGCAUCAUCUGAGCAGCUCUGGGGAAGGAGCCACGGUGGGAAAGGUCCUGUGGUGGUACUGGCAGGGGAAAUGUCCCAUCAUGGUGUUGGGGUGGGAAAUGUCCCAUCAUGGUGUUGGGGUGGGAAAAAUCCCAUGGCAGCACCAGGGGAAAUGUCCCAUCAUGGUAUUGGGGUGGGAAAUGUCCCAUCAUGGUAUUGGGGUGGGAAAUGUCCCUUGGCAGCACCUGGGGAAAUGUCCCAUCAUGGUGUUGGGGUGGGAAAUGUCCCAUGGCAGCACCAGGGGAUUUGUCCCACAGUGGUGCUGGAGGGAUAAAAAUUCUCCAGUGGGAAAAGUGGGAUUUUUACAUCCUAAAAAUGGGAAAAGUCCCUGGCAGUACCAGAAGGGAGAGGUCCUGUGGUGGUACCAGAGGAUGAAAGGAUCCCAUGGCAGUGCCAGGGAGGGGGAAGAUGCCAUCCUGCCUCUGGCAUCAGCCCACUCUGCUCUCAUGGACUUGGAAUUAAAUCCUGUCCCAUAA